AUGGCACCUAUACUGCAAGCUGCCGUGAUACAGUGCGAGUCGAGCGACGCUGGCUUACUACCUUUGACAGUAGCCCACGACAGACCACUGCCCCCUCUUCCAACCCCAUACCAUGUUUUGAUCCAAGUUAAGGCAGUGGGCCUUAAUCCAACGGACCACAAGAUGGUGACGCAUUUCCCAAUGCCAAACACUACCGUCGGUUGCGACUUUUGCGGUGUCGUCGUCGAAUCUGGCCCGUCUUCUAUCCACCCUCUCGGUACCCGUGUGUGCGGAGCCGAUUUUCCCUACCGCAAAGACAAUCCGUACAAUGGCGCGUUUGCCCAACACGUGGUUGCGGAUUCCCGGCAUUUGCUGAUUGUGCCCGAGGGGAUGAGCGACUUGCAGGGUGCUGCUCUUGGCGGGAUCGGUUGGGGGACGGCCGCGCUGGCCAUGGCGGAUAGUGAGGCGUUGGGAUUGGAGGGCUUACCGAGCAGCCCCUGUGAGAAGGAUGUGCCAGUUGUGGUGUAUGGGGGCGGGACAGCUACGGGGAUUAUGGCCGUGCAAAUGCUUAAACUGGCGGGCUACAAGCCCAUAGCAGUUUGCUCGCCGGCCUCGUCUCCUCUUCUCCUUUCCCUGGGCGCAUCCGGCACUGCAUCCUAUCUUUCCCCGACAUGCGCGGCAGAUAUUAAAACCCUCGCAGAUGGAAAGCCUAUCAAACACGUGCUUGACUGCAUCACCGACGCAGAGUCCGUCGCGGUUUGCUUCUCCAUUUUGGCGAGGACGGGUGGUAGAUUGGCAUGUUUGGAAGCCGUUCCGGACACGUGGAUCACGCGUCGCGCGAUUAAGCUAAAGGUUGUAAUGGGAUUCGAGGGAAUGGGUGUUGAUGUUGAGCUGGGGCACGAGGUUUAUUCAAGAAAGGCGAAUUGGAAGCUGCAUAAAGUCGCCGAGAACUGGGCAAAGGAGUUGCAGGGAGCCUUGGAUGCAGGAGCUUUGCGGACGAUGAAGGUCAGGGAGGUGCAGGGUGGUCUUGGAGGUGUGAUUAAGGGGUUGGAAAUGCUGAAGAAUGGAGAGGUUAGAGGAGAGAAGUUGGUAGUGUCUAUUCCGGGCUCUGGGCAAGCCUCAUCUACAUAG